UCCGUCUAUCCUGUCCCGUGACCGACGCCCCCUCCCCCUGCCAUGGCCGCCCCGGUGCUCACAUACAGGCAGGUUCAGAAUGUGCACACAGGCCUUGACAUGUGGGUUCCGGAAUACCAGGAGAUUCGCGGCAGGAUGAUGACCGGCCAUGUGGAGUAUCAGAUCAUUGUCGUCACCACUCUCCCCGCGUUCAAAACGGCUAAACACGAGCCGAAGGAUGUGGUCCAGUUUGUGGUGUCCAAGAAAUACAGCGAGAUUGAGGAAUUCUACCAGAAGAUUUGCUCCCGUUACCCCAAGAACUCGCUGCCUCCAUUCCCCAAGAAGGUGUUAUUUGUUGGGGAAACAGAUAUCAGGGAGAGAAGAGCUGCUUUCAAUGACAUUGUGAAGGCCAUCGCUCAGGAGAGAGAACUGUCCACCUCCGCUGACCUGUGCGAUUUUCUAGGUCGUAUUGUCGGCAACUUUGUUGAGGCAAAAGGCUCAAGGCCUUAUAGGAAUCAGCCAGAAGAUGGAGAUUUCUUCAAAGAUGAAGAACCACCAGAAGACGCCAUUUUGCAAAUCGCAUCCAAACUGCGAAAUAAAGUGACUGAACCUCAAAAGAAGGAGGUGGAGGUGGAGGAGGAGGAGGAAGAAGAGGAAGAAGUAGAUUUUGAUCCACUGGGAAUAAUGAAAACAAAAAUCAAAAAGAAAAAAGUUCCGCCAAAGAAAGUUGAAGAUCCCAUAGUAAAACCCAAGACCACUACGGCUCUGUUCAGCGAUGAAGUGUAUCCCGAUGCAGAGCUGUUUGAACCAAGGAAAAGAAUACCAGCCACUGGCAAGAAAUCUUUUAUGGCAUCCGAUGAUGUGAAGUUAUUUGAAGAACAGGACUUGGGUGGAACUGUGAGAAAAGGAGACUCACUGCUGCUGCCAUCUGCCUACAAUGAGGGCCCGUUGUUCAAGCCAUCAAGAGCUGAGAAUGUAGAUGAACUAUUCCGAGUUGAAGAAGACUUUGAGAACCUCUUGAAUCUUGGAGUGAAGCCAAAGAUCAAACCGAAGCCGAAAGUGCCGGCCAAACCCAGUUUUCUGAAGGAGACGAAGAAACCAGACAACAACCUGGCACAGGUGGACUCUCAGCCCAGCGCACAGGCCAUGGACGAGUCAGACAUCCUCCGCUACAUUAAAGAAAAUGAGUCCGCAGACAAUGACUCACUCAGUCUCUUCUGAAGGGAAUGAUGCUGAGGUUGCUGUUUGAAGUGUCCUUUAUCCCUGCUGUGUACACAGAGAGGCUACUCGGCUACCUCCAGUAAUAAUUACUAAUGGUGGCAGAAGUUUAAUAAACAUUAAACCGCAUCUGGAAUGUGAAGAUGCCCUGGAGCAACAGCUCGGUUCUCAGAAAU